AUUAAAAAAUGAUUUGAAGCAUUUUGACUGGGGUAUAGAGAGAGAACAAAAUUCACGAAAAAUCACACAAAUGAAAAAUUUUAUAGGUAUUUUCUGUUCAAAAAAAUAGAAUUAGUAAGAAUUUAUGUAAUUCCAGUAAAAUGUUGUUUUAGGACAGAGAUGUGUAUGCGAUGGAUGUGAUGCAACGGGAUGAUAAGGUGGACCUAAAUUAGCGAUUCCUUUAGUGUUGUGUUUUGCUUCUUUUGCACUUCUAUCCUUCUCUUUGUAAAUUACGUUGUACCGUGCAUGUUGUGUGUAAACCGUAGAAGUGGUAUCGUUAUUAUUCAUUGGCGUUGUCCAUUGUAACGUACAGCUAACACAAACAGAACGUAUUUCCUUCCCGUAUGGCUGCGUAUCUUAACCGCACUAUAUCCAUGAUGGCUGGCGACGGGCCCCACAACGUUGCGAUGAACAAUGGCACCGUCCGCGUGAACAUGUCGAAUGUGGACUCCCCGUUGCAGAUAUUUGUGAGGGCCAAGAAGAAGAUUAACGACAUAUUUGUAGAAAUUGAUGAUUAUGUCAAGGAUGCAGUCACUUUUAUGCAUGCUGUAUCAGGGGAUAACGGCAUUGCAUCAGCACAGGACGUGGCAAAUGUCGAAGCUUACGUCAGCAAAGUGCAAGCCAUACGGGAGGUGCUCAAACGGGAUCACAUGAAAGUGGCUUUCUUUGGCAGGACAAGUAACGGCAAAAGCACAGUCAUCAACGCAAUGUUGCACGACAAAAUCUUGCCGAGUGGCAUCGGGCACACCACCAACUGCUUCCUGCAGGUGGAGGGCUCCGACACCGACGAGGCCUUCAUGAGGACAGAGGGCUCGGAGGAGAAGCUUAAUGUUCAGUCAGUAAGUCAGUUGGGGCACGCUCUAUGCGCGUCCCGGCUUCAAGAAUGCUCGUUAGUGCACGUGUACUGGCCGCGUGAACUAUGUGCAUUGUUACGAGACGACGUGGUGCUGGUGGACAGCCCCGGAGUGGACGUGACGCCCAACCUCGACGAGUGGAUCGACAAGUACUGCCUCGACGCGGACGUGUUCGUGCUCGUCGCCAACGCGGAGUCCACGCUCAUGGUGACGGAGAAAAAUUUCUUCCACAAAGUAUCGACGAAAAUAUCGCAGCCUAACAUUUUUAUAUUGAACAACCGAUGGGACGCCUCCGCUUCGGAACCUGAGUACUUGGAUCAGGUCCGCAGCCAGCACGCGAACAGAUGCGUCGACUUCUUGUCUCGGGAGCUACGCGUGUGCUCGCCCAAGGAGGCCGAGGAGCGCAUCUUCUUCAUCUCGGCCAAGGAGGCGCUGCUCACGCGCAUGCGCGAGCGCGAGAAGCCUGUCUCUUCUCCCAUCCUAGCUGAUGGUCAUCAAGUGCGUUACUUUGAGUUUGUGGACUUCGAGCGCAAGUUUGAGGAGUGCAUCAGUCAAUCCGCUGUGAGGACCAAAUUCGCGCAACACUCUCGCCGCGGCAAGAACAUAGCCGGCGACGUUAUGGCCGCCUUGGAACUGGUGUACAGCAGCGCCAGUGACCAGAAAUCUGCGAAGGUGGAGAAGCAAAGGAUAUUACAGGAGCAGCUGACGGCUGUGGAGGAGCAGCUGACCGCCAUCACGCGCCAGAUGAAGGACAAGAUCGGCCGAAUGGUGGAGAGCGUUGAACAUAAGGUGUCCCUAACACUCAGCCAAGAGAUCCGCAGACUGUCAGCACUAGUGGACGAAUACGAAGCGCCGUUCCGCAACGACCGACAGGCCCUGGAGCAGUAUAAACGAGCUUUGCAUCGCCAUGUCGAAUCGGGCCUGGGCUCCAGACUCAAGAAACGACUGUCUUCAGACAUCGGACACGAGAUGGACGAGGCUCAAAAAGAAAUGGCAGAGCGCAUGUACAACAUCCUGCCGCUGCACAAGCGCGCGGCCGCCGCCUCCUGCAUCAUGCCGCACCAGCAGCCGUUCGAGGUGCUGUACCGGCUCAACUGCGACAACCUCUGCGCGGACUUCACGGAGGACCUCACGUUCCGCUUCUCGUACGGCAUCACGGCGCUCAUCCAGCGCUUCCAGGGCCGCCACGCGAACAAGAUCGCGCUCAAGAACCCGCCCACCGUCACACAGAUACCUCCCAGCAUGGGCCCCGCGGCGCCGUCUACGGAAGUAUCGCGGCUGAGUAACGGCCCCUCGGCCAUGGGCCCGCUCAGCGCCGAGGAGUGGGGCAUGAUUUCCAAAUUCGCCUUAGGAGCUCUGACGUCACAGGGUACGAUGGGAGGACUUCUGCUUUCGGGAUUGCUCCUGAAGACGGUAGGGUGGCGAGUAGUGGCGGUGACGGGGCUGGUGUACGGCGCGCUGUACGCGUACGAGAGGCUGACGUGGACGGCCAAGGCGCAGGAGCGAGUGUUCAAGCGGCAGUACGUGGCGCAUGCGGGCCGCAAGCUGCGUCUUAUCGUCGACCUCACGUCUGCCAACUGUAGCCAUCAAGUGCAGCAAGAACUGUCGACAAUGUUCGCGCGCCUCUGUCGACUGGUAGAUGAAGCGACGACAGAGAUGGAUAUAGAACUAACAGAAGUCAGAGAAGCUAUCAAAAUGCUGGAUGAAGCCUCGACGUCAGCCAAGAAGCUGCGCAACAAGGCCAACUACCUCAGCCAUGAGCUGGAACUGUUCGACGACGCCUUCCUCAAGCAUUAGAGCUGGAGUAUCGUGAACACAAGCUGGAAGGCUCGACCUGACGCGAGCCUCGGGAUGCAUUUGACGUUUGAACAAGCCGGUGCCGCGCAGAUGAUUACUGUUAGCUUGCUCUGGUGACGUAGUGUUACUUGUAUACUUGGGUGACAGGUCUCGACUGCAGCGAGUAUCGAAAUAAGUGUAACUGUAUGUAUGUAUGUAUGUUUCCCUUCCACUUUUAAUAUGGGUACCUUCAAGUCAAGAGUGAUACGCAACGUCUAGGCAAGCGUGCUCCAUCUUUGGCUGCAUCAUAACUUGCUAGCAGGUCUGAUUGCAACCAAGCGCUAGUCUGUAAAUUAAAAAAAAAAUGUAUACACUUUAUUGGACCACAAGACACAAAUGACAGGUUAAAAAAAGAAAACCAAGCGUAACUGUGUGCUCUCUUAGGUACAAAAUCUGCUUAUAGUCUGUCGACUGAACACAGAUCACUCACGAAAAAAAAAACCUGUGUGCUCUGUGUUGCCAAUUCGC